CAAACUAAUUGGCAAGCUAAAUUUACUAUUUAUUAGUUAAAUUAAAUAACAUUAAUUUUUUAAAACAUCAUGGUCUUAUCUGAAGAUAAAAUGGCAAGAAUAAUUUCAUUGAAGGAGAGGCAGGAAGAAGUGGUCAGAAUUCUUCACCUACAAUGUGCCCAAAGUGGCAUUCAUGAGAGUGAGGUUUUGUACAUCAGAGAACUGUUAGAUGAGCAAACAGCUAUGAUCGCCAUUUUGAAAGAAGAAAACGUUCAAAUGAAGAAAAGGUUGCCUGAGCUUCAACCGAUGCAUGAAGAAUUUUUAAAAUACAAACAAGACGCUUCUGAUACAAUAACAGUUUUAACAAUGAAGCUAAAUGACAUGCAACUGAAAGCUAUAGACCUUGAACAGAAGUUGGUUCAGUUUGGAAUUGAUGUAGCUGUAAUGGAAACAUCAAAGUCAAAGGAAGUAGAAGACUUCAAAAACUACUGGGAAGUCAAAUUACAGGCUACAGAAGAUCAAUCAAAGAAAAUAAUUGAUGAAAUUGUCAAAAAACACUGUGAAGCAAAGAAAGCGUAUGAAAAUGUGAUCUUAGGACUAAAAGAGCAGAUCGUGCAAAAGGAAGCAGAAGUAGCUUGGUAUCAACUGAUGAUGAAAGAAAGAGAUGGCAGCAUCAAUAAAGAAAUUGGGAACCUUAAAAAGGAGUUAGAGGUCUCAACGAUGAAAAAUCAAGAACUUUUGCAACAAAGGUUGCAUGAAGUCGAGAAACGAGCAAACAAAAUGACAAGGAAAUGUCUUAAACUUCAACAUGACUACGAACAGAGAAUAACCAACUUAAAAAAAGAGAAAGAUCUUCAGGUUCAAGCCCUGCAGAAGUUUGUGUAUAAUGGAGCUGAGAGAGAACAUUGUACGAAAGAAAAUAAAGUGGACGAGGCUAUAAAAGAAUUGGAAUUAAGGUAUCGUAAAAUAAUCAUCAAUUUACAUACAGCAACCCAGCAACAAAGGAAUAAGGACUUGAAGAGGCUGACUACAUUAGAAGAUGCAGAUAUAAAUAUUGAUGACAAGGAAGAAAUUAAAAGUUUAGUUAGAACAAGAUGAACAUAUUCUAAUAAUAAAUUGCUAAAAUUAA